AUGUCGAGCAUAGUAGCACGUUCCGAAGACAAGACGCUGUCUCCGAGCCUAGAAUCUCGAAUAAAUGCCAUUAUCGAUGCCUUGGAUGACAUGAUCCUUCUGGCCGACCCAGCGCCAUGCUCGCCUUUGCAAGAAUCAACAAAGAACCUAGUUAAGCAGCCUUUGGCUGGAGUUGCAGUUGUUGAAAACUGUCCCAACGAGGAGUACUCCCCUCCGUCCUCGAUAGCUUCGAGCCCAUGCAACUCACCCGGUAACGUCGCUGCACCUUUACCAGAGGAUGACGUAUUAGUUAAUGUACCUGGAAAACUUCCAAGCGUGGGAACCACAGAGAUGCCAAUCUCAGCAACUACGGAAGAGGAAUACAUACUGCUUCAGAGGGUCGACCUAUCCCGUGAGAAGCACGUUGCUCCUAUCCCAGCAAACCCUUAUUCUGAACUGGACCGUACAUUUCCUCGACAGCGUCAACAUAAUAAUGGUCCGACGAGAAGCAACUCUCCCAACGGAAUCAUGAGGGCGGCUUUAGAGAGGUCAACAUUUGCUCCCAAACGUCUACUAUCUCCUCUCUCCAGAACGGUCGUGCUACCGUUGACUCAACCGCUCGUCGACGUUCCGAGCGAGCCACUUACGAAACACCCCAAAGUCAGUGAUACCUCCUCGAUACCUUCAAAACCUGCUUCCGAAGUAUCAAUAGGCUCUCAUUCCAAAGAGAGUCAAGAUGGUCGGUCGGGUAUCAGCGACCCAAGUACCGUCAAAGGGGAUAUCGCUAUCGUAGUCACUCCUUCCGGCAUCCAACAGGUCUAUAAAGAACGACCCAAAACCCCUCUCCCAAUCAAACGACCGCUUCCUCCAACACCACUCGACUUGGCGGCCAUCCGGGCAAUCAAAACCUCUCAUGGUGACGAACUACAUCGACUAUCCCCUUCUCCGGCUCGAAUGCGCAAAAGAAGAAUACUACCGCUGAGGAGGGGAGAGGAUGGAUACGAGACAGCCGACGAGUUCUGGAAACGGCGCUCUCGUACAGCGCAGAUUUAG